GCCCUACGCACAACUGGCCCUUGCUAGGCGUGUGUCACCUGGAUCCUUGGCCAACUUGUCGAUUGGCUCACGAGCAGUGCACCAGCUCCAUGACUGGCGUCUGUUCUCCCGUCGCUCGACACCACGUAACGUCACUGAACCCUCUUGUGUCUAUGGCCCGAAAUCGUGCUAGCUCGACUUGUCGAGGGCGCCAAUGCGUUGUUACCGCGCGUCAUUUGUGUUUCCCUGUAAAGAAAGUCACAAAGCCGACAACGGGGAACCUGGGGCUUCCACUUGAGUAGAAACUUAUAAGGUAUAAGCUCGCGGCAGUGACGACUCUUUCAGCAUCCAAAUCUUCAUCCGCAUCAAACUUUCAUAUCACCUAGUAACUCAGCCGCCUCGAACUGUCCUGAGUGAAAACGAAUCCAUCAAGUAAACACAGUCAAACUAUAUAUUAUCCACCAACGGUUUUAUUCUCCACGACUUGAGACUUUCCAAACCCAACCGCUCUAUCUCGUGGAACUUUCUCACACACCCGGCAUUACAUCAUCACAACCGCUAUCAUGGAAUCUCUAAACCGCUACAUCCCCUACGCCCACAUGAUCGCAACGGUCUUUGGCCUUAUCGAGCUCGGUCUAACAUGUUACCUCGUAUCACCCUGGUGGCGAGCCCCCGGCAUCUACGCCUUUAUGCUCUUCAGCUCCGUCUGGACUUUGUUGGUCCUCAUCUACAUUGCCCUCUUCCCGCCUUACUUCCCCAAGACGUUCCAGCGCACCAUCGCCCUCGCGCUGGAGUGGAUCACCAUGAUCUUCUGGUUCGCCGGUUCGAUCGCUCUCGCCGUUUAUUUCGGGUCUCCGAGCUGCGGUGCCGACACAUUCUGCGGAUGUGUCGAAGCCGCUACUGCGUUCGGCUUCCUUCUCUGGGUUACGUUUUUGUUCAUCGUUAUUGUCGACACCAUGGCUACGCUCAAGGGUAGGGCAAGGGGUCAGAGGGCCAAGCCUGUUGUCGGAGUUUAGGGUGGCGGAUUGAAACACGGAGAAUUUGAUCCCUGCAUCGGAUUCCAACAGGGAGUGGAUGGAGGAAUGCAUGCCGGCAUGAUCUCAGCUGUUGCUGGCUGCAUCGCUGCUUGGGAACUGGCUUCCACAAGCGGCAGGGGAAGAUGAUUUUAAUGCUAGUGGAAAACGGGACACGCAGCGGGAUGCAUGGCAUGCAGGAAUGCAGGAAUGCGGAAUAGCAGAAAGAGUUGUACGGCAAUGAAGAGGUUAGAUAGUUUGCAUCGGGACAGGCGCAUCAUCGCGAAACAUCGCGGACAGCAUAGCAUAGAAUACCCUUUUCCUUUUACCUAGGCUAGAGCAUUGAUAUUUGCAUCUACACACCCGGAUAUCACAAC